CAAUUUUGUAACAGAAAACUGAGAAAACUCUGUCUCUGCUUUGUAAUUACUGUUUUAAGUUUUGAUUUUGCAUUUUUCAAUCUUUAUCCCUUUAGUUUUGAAAGAGUUCUAAUGUUCUAACUGUUCAAUUGACAAUUUUAAUUACUACUUAUUAAAAAGUCUUCGGAAGUAUAGUGAAAACAGCUACAUAUUCACAAUGGAUAUAAGCAAAAAUUUAACGAUCCCAAAAAUGAGUUUAAGCCUUUUCUUUAACUUGACUCUUGUCUCCGCAAUUUCUUACCUGGGUAUAAAAUGGCUACUAGAACAAAUGGAUCCAACUUACAGAGCCAAAACAAAAGCUAGAGAGGUCGCAGGGAAACUUCUCCAGAGGUUUGCACGAAACGGUGAGAGGCCAUUGUCUAUUCGCAAUUUUAAUGACUAUGAAAUGAUGAUAGCUGUACACCUGGUGCAUCCUGAUGACAUAUCUGUUCAGUGGAGUGAUAUAGCAGGUCUUGAUGAUGUUAUUAAGGGCCUUAGAAAUAAUGUCAUAUUUCCUGUUCAACACAGGCAUCUUUUCCAAGAUUCAAGAUUAUCAGCAGCACCUAAAGGUGUCUUAUUACACGGACCCCCAGGUUGUGGAAAAACUUUAAUAGCCAAGGCAACUGCCAAAGAGGCCGGAAUGAAUUUUAUCAAUUUAGAUAUAUCCACAUUGACUGACAAGUGGUAUGGUGAAAGUCAGAAAUUAGCAGCUGCGGUGUUCAGUCUAGCAGUAAAAUUGCAACCUUGCAUUAUCUUCAUCGACGAGAUCGACUCUUUCCUUCGUAGUAGAAGCUAUUCCGAUCAUGAAUCGACAGCUAUGAUGAAGACGCAGUUCAUGUCAUUAUGGGAUGGCUUAAUUACGGAUUCCAAUUGUACAGUCAUCAUCAUGGGUGCUACAAAUAGGCCGCGGGACCUGGAUGAAGCAAUUUUGAGGAGGAUGUCGCUUAGAUUCAACAUUGGUCUGCCGAAUAUGGUUCAGCGUCGAAAGAUCCUUGAACUGAUUCUCAGGGGUGAACCACUUGAACGAGAUAUUGAUUUCCGUGUACUUGCUGAGAUGACAGAAGGCUUGCCUGGUUCAGAUUUGAAGGAGUUGUGUCGUUCUGCAGCUAUGUAUCGUGUGAGAGACUUUGUGAGUGAUGAAAUAGAGGCGCCUAGUACAUCGGCAUCUGCUCCAGCAGAACCUGAGUCCCUGAGGCCUAUUUCGAUGGGCGAUCUUCUAUAUGCGACUCAACACAUUGUCUCGUCGAAACUUUUGAGCGCUCCUGUAUAGAUGUACCUGUCAGUUCAGGUAUGAACCGUCUUUUACUAUUUGUAGACUCAUGCCUAUAGGAUCAGGAAGUAAAACAAUAUUUUGAGGAU